UGUUUUAUUCCCCCUUGAGGACGGGCUCCUUGGAUAUAUCGAUUAUACGGCCACAGAUGGCGUGACUUAGCUGGAGCAUUGUUGUACGAUUUUGAAAUUAUUUACGAACACUGGUCGAGUUUAAUUGUGAUUUAUGGGUGAUUCAAAUUUAAUAAGCGACCAUGGCUGCACCUCCUGAGUCCGUCACGUCGGGAAAUACGGAAGAGGAUUGGCAAAUAUUCGAAGUGCUGUGCAAGGACAACGUGAUGGACGAUCCAGAAGUAGACGUAACCACGACUUUGCGUAGCGAACUGGCAGCCCUUAAAUACAAGCGCGACCGCCUUACUUCGGAGUUAUCAGAAAUGAAAAGCCAGUUGCGAAGUCGCGACCAGCGAUGUAUAGACCUCCAAGUGGAAGCGGACCAACUGCGCGAGCAAGCAGCUCGCCAGAACGCCAUCAUCGCCUCGCUCAAAAAGCGCGUCCACGAGCUGGAGGAGCGCGAACGCAACUUGUUCGCAGCCCAAGGGCGCAACGAAAUCGCGAUUCAAACCUUGCAGCGCGACAAUCGCUACCACGAAGACAAAACCAAGGAACUGGAGAAGAAGGUGCGAGCGCUUGAGCUCGACUUGAACUCCGAAGAGCAGAAAAAGGAGUCGGCACGGCUCCAGCUCCAGGACCUGAUCCGGCGGCUCUCGGUCGCUCUGGGUCUAGAUCUGGCCGAGAGCACGCAUCUCACCCCCGAGUCAAUCGUGCACAAGGCCUCCGAACUGGUCCAAGAAACUUCGCGGUUGAGGAACCGCUCCAACAACGUCCAGGACAGUUUGGCGAGUACUGAGCUGGAUUUGCGGACGUGUCGGGAGAGUCUGGACCGGACUUUGGCCGACAAAGAGUGUCUGCAAAGACAAUCGGCGGCUCAAGUAUUAGAAAUCGAUCGGUUACGUCAGGAGAAAGAAUCUCUCGAAAUCCAGCAAAGAGUCCUAGAACGUGAUUUGAACGAAGUUAAGGAGAAAUUGGCUUUUUCCAAUCGGAGUCUGGGCUCGGCGAGCGGGAAUAUCGCCCAACAAGAAAGCGCAAUUUGUCAGCUUAGAGACGAAUUGAAAAUUAGGGAGGAAAAAAUCCAAAGGUUGCAAAGCGAGCACAGACACACUUUGGAAUCGUUUUCGAUUCUGUUGAGUACGCCGUCUCGUUUCGUCGAUUCGUUAGAGAGUGCAAUUAAAGACCGGAUUAGGGAUAUUCUUACGGAUAAUAAAGAUAAAGAAACGCAAAUUGAGGCUUUGAAAGAUAAAUUGAACCACGAAAGUCAGCAAUUAACGCGGCAAAGCUCGCUCUACGAUCAGGCGAAUUCGCGGAUUCGUGCCCUGGAAGAUGAAAAGAAUCAUCUCGAGGCCAGACUGCAUAAAGCCGAUGCUGAGAUCAGCGCGAUGGAGCUGUCGAGGGAUGGCCUGAAGAGGGACAAAACCACGUUUAUGAACUUCUUGGACCGCCUGGCUCGUGCUUUGAACAUGGAUGAGAUUUCUCACGACAUCGGUGUGGACCUCCACACUGAGUCGCUUCUCCUGCGGGCUGAACAGCUAUCACGUCUCGAGAGCGAUAAACUGGUUGAUAAGCUGCUUUGCUGUGGAUACGGGACUUUGCCCCGGCUACGUCGUGAACGAACUUGUCAUGACAUACCGUUACGCGAAACCGCCUUGGUGUACCAGUUGCAACGCCGCGUCCGCAAUUUAAGAGAGCAAGUGCAACGAAAAGACCUCCACCUCGACCUCCUCCGCCGAAAACUAGCCUUACAAGAAGACAAUAUCAAGACCAAGUGCCUUUUGCAAAACGAGCGCGACGAGGCGAACAUGCGAGUAAAAAAAUUGGUCAAACAAGUGGACCGCCUCCAAAUGCAACUCUCAGAUGCCAAAUCACAGAUCAGGGAUUUGAACUCGCAACUGGCCGAAGCCGCCGACUACAAGAUCACUGCCCUGGAGCGCGGCCGCAAAAUCGAAGACUUGCAAAAACGCCUCAUCGAGUCCGAAACUCUCCGUACGAAGUACAACCGUAAAGUGACCCUGCUGAAGGACCAAGUCCGGCAAACGGGAGACACGAUCGAGCAGGAGCGCAACAUCAGCGAACACUCGCUGCAGCUGUUGCGAGAUGAGUUGGCCCGAGUCAAGGAUGAGUUGUCCGAAGUCCAACGCCGGGAAGCCCAGCUGCAGAGUUUCAAAGCCUCGAUUGCUAAAAUACUGGGGGUUGCGUUGCCAAUGCCCGACUAUGAGCUUAUUUCCAGGUUGCAAAAAUUGGUGGAUGCGCAUCACGAUUUCACGCUGGUGUCGAGGAGGUAUGAUGAUCCGGUUUUGAGGCUGGCGACUAGGAGUCCCACGGCGGGGAGCAGGUGCACUAGGACUCCGGAUAGGUCGAGAUAUGACGAUUCCGGGUACACGGAUGCAGCGGAUAUUGAUGAUAUCGAUGAUGAUUUGUUUAAGAGGCAGAGGCCGUUAUGACAAACGCAUUUUCAUGUCUAGAGCGACAUGGCGUGACGUAAUGUGUUCAUUGAGGUCUUCAUGUUUUUUAAAGAUAGUGCAUUAAGUGCAAUGUUGUGUAGGGAAAGAAAUAAAGUAUUACUUAACUGUA